AGCCUACCAUUGGGGCUGCUUGUAGUCAGCGCGGUUGGGUACGUGUGGGUGAAUUUCCUAGAGAAGCCAGACGACUCUAUGCCAAACUACGAAUCAAGUGUGGCCUUCUUCGCCAUAGCAACUCUGCUGGAGCUUGCCUGCGAGCCUAUGUGGAUCUUCUGCCACGCCCAUUUCCUGGUGGGUGGCAGGGUGUUGGUUGAGGGAGCUUCGUUGCUGGUGCGAUGUAUAGUCACCGUGGUACUAGUUGUAGUCGUGCCGGAAUGGGGCCUGAACAUAUUUGGGAUUGCCGCGUGUGUGUACGCGAGUUGUCUGAUUGUCGGAUGGAUAUCGUACGUACGCUACCAGCAGUCUCUCACAACGCACGUUCCACCGCUGCCAGUUACCACAUUGGCUGGUCUGGCACCAAGCACGCUUACCAUCGACGCGGAAACAAAGAAAGUGGUGUUGUUGACAUUCUCAUUCACAAAGCAGUCGUUCCUGAAGCAAUUCCUAACCGAAGGCGAGCGCUAUGUGAUGACUUUGUUUGCGGUCAUUGACUUUGGGCAGCAGGGUGUGUUUGAUGUGGUGAGUAACCUGGGAUCGCUUGUGGCCCGAUUUCUGUUUCAGCCGAUUGAGGAGAGCUACUACCUCUUCUUCACCUCGAUCCUCAGCAGGGACGAGACGCAUGAAAGCAUCCCCCAGGAACACAGCCAGAACAGUAUACAGUUGCAACAGCCGCCAACACGGGCCACGUGGCUAGGCACAAACCAAGAACAACCGCUUGCGGGUGUGGGUGUAGCUGAACAUACACACACAGACACCCACCCGGACAGCCGGCAAGGCCAGUCCAAUACAUUCGCACAGCGCAAAGCGCUGGCGGCCCGUGCGCUGGUCACUCUACUAAAGUUUGUGGGCAUUCUGGGCCUCGUUUUCGUGUGUUUUGGACCGUCCUACACCACCAUACUACUGGACAUGUACGGAGGGCAGGCGAUUAGUAUCGGCAUUGGCCCUGCCCUGCUGUCGUGGUACUGUCUGUAUGUACUGGUGCUGGGUAUCAACGGUAUCACCGAGUGCUUCCUUUUGGCAUCUGCCGAUAGGAACACGAUUGAGGCGUACAACCGUCUCAUGGUAGGAUUCUCGGUGGUGUACUUGGCUGCGUCGCUCACCCUCACCCGCACGCGACUGCAGGCGGCUGGGUUUAUAGUGGCCAAUUGCCUGAACAUGUGCUUGCGCAUAGCGUACGGACUCAGACACGCUCUCCAGUACUUUGCACCCCGCACCCUCACUCACCCCCAGGCAACCGCCCACAACACCCACCCCCUGUACCAGGCUGUACCCUCUUUCUGGCUUCUGUGUACGCUCGUAGCGUCAGGGCUGGUCACGCAGGUAUCCCAUGCACUGCUGCUGAGUGGCGAGGACGAUGAAGCGGCGGCUGUGUCGAGGGGAUUGUACGUUGCGCGUGCAGAGCAUGUGCUUGUGGGUGUCUGUAUGUUGUUGGUCACUGCGGUGGUCUUUGCCGUCACGGAGAAACGGUUUAUCAACGAUUUGAAGCAGCUGUGGCGAGGCAGUUUAACCGCGGAUGUGUCCAAAAUUGAGUAGUGAGCUGCACUGUGUCCGAAACCAAAUUGCAAGGCCCAGGGCAGUGCGAUGGAGUCUUGUCUCGAUUCCGCUGGUAUUUUCGGAUGUACACGAUUCGAUGAUACCAUGCCAUUCACAUGGCGAGAUAAUACACUCUCUUUAGAUCAAGAAGCUCGUAUCUAGUAGUACACACUGUUCUAAUGCGCAAAAGCGCUUGCACGCAGGUGACGACGGUCCAUCGGAUGGUCAGGACAACACUGUGUAUAUGGAAACCUGCAGCGGUGAUGACUGCGUAUUCUUAUGACUGUAAUAGUUAUCUAUAGGGUAUAGGAGAAAUGAAUCUCCAUGACAACAGUUUGAGUGAAUGCUCGUAGCGCACUGAGUGUUUUACUUGUGAUUUCCCUUCACUUCCAUCAAUUUUUUUCGGGGAUAUUUGGGAUUCGCGUAUAUGAUGUGGAUGUAGUAUGUGGUGGCUCUUGCAUAUCUGCGGUCAUCACUAAGCUACAGACAAUGACAGUUCCAAUCUUCUAUACACCGGUCCCAGGCCACCCGCCAAAAAUGGACAGGUGCUCCAACAAGUACCAGAUAGAGAAUUGAACUCACUGGCUUUGUCACGUAAUGAGUGAGAAAGGAGAGUAAGAAGUAUUGCGCACACCGGAGUGUGUCAUGUGCGCACAAUCCGAGUAGUGUGAGUUGACAGUGA